AUGGUCCUCCGCCUCCACCUUCAUCUUCCUCGUGAACUAAAGCCAAGUCACCAGCGAUCACAGCCAUCGCCCCUGACCAAGUUGCAGCAGCCGCCGGCGGUGGCGUUCGAUGCCUCGCUGCAGCCACCGCCACCAGUUGCAGUUGCUGCCCUCAGACAGGUCGCAGUAGCAGGUGACACCGCCACCUCCCAAGUCCCAACACACCAUAGUGAGGAGGAGACUGGCCGAGAGCCCGAGAGCGCCCUCAGCGACCUCGCCGGGAGGAAGACGUUGAGGAGAGAGGACAGUGGGAGGAGGCAGGGAGAGAUGAAGUCGCUAGGAGAGGGGGGAUGGAGAGAGGCGCCGGGAAGGAGAUCUGCACAGUGGAGUUCCUCUCGGUGGGGUGAUUUGGGGGACGGAUCGGGACGGAGCGCUGAGAGAGCGGGCGGCGGUGGCGGCGGCGAUGGCACUGAUUUAGGGUUUGGGGGAGAAAUAGAGCCUGGGUUCUUGGGCUGGGCUAAAGUCACGAGCUAG